AUGCCUCCCCAGACGGCCUCUUCGCCAGCCUCGCGGGAGACGAGCGAGGGAGGGACGCCCUCCUGGGCCAUCUCGGACGGCGACGAGGACGACGACGACGCCUUCUCCUCCUCCUCUCCCUCGCGCGCCGCCGCCCCCGCCGGCCCGCCAGACUCUCCCGGCGGUCCCGGCCGGCUUGUCCUGGAGGAAGCGGCAGCGGGCGAGCGGUCGGCUCGCGGCGGAGCGCCCAGUGAGGGAGCCGUUCCCUCCAAGGCCAGGAGCCGUCGAGGCCGCGGCAAGAGCAGGAGCGACGGCCACGGUGUGAGCCGAGCCAAGCGGAGCCGCCGCGUGAAGGCCAACGACCGCGAGCGCAACCGGAUGCACAACCUGAACUCGGCCCUGGACGCGCUGCGCGGCGUCCUGCCCUCCUUCCCCGACGACGCCAAGCUGACCAAGAUCGAGACGCUCCGCUUCGCUCACAACUACAUCUGGGCGCUCACCGAGACCCUCCGCCUGGCCGACCAGGGCGCGCUGGCCCGGCCCACCCAGGAGGCCGCUUUCCCGGCGCUGGGUGGCUGCGCGGGCGAUCCCCAAGGCCCGGUCGCCUGGCUCUGUCCCUGGGACUCGCCCGGCUCGCAAGAGAGCAGCCUCAGCCCGGGUGACUCUGCGGAGGAGGCGCGCGCUUUCUACCCUCCCUGUCUCAGGCUCCCCAGCCAGGCGGCCUUUCCGGACUUCAUCUGA